AUGCUGGGAGAGGAGGGGAGAAUGAAGGCGACGUUAAAAGGCAGGCAAAAACCGCUGUCCAGGACAAAAAACUACAAAUCCCAGAGUGCCUCGCGGUGGGGCUGUCCGAGGACUGCUCCAGGCUUUGUAACGCUCUUCGGUUGGCUCAGCCUGAGCUGCUGCUCCGCCUCCGUCCUGGCGGAGAGCGGUUUCUUCAACCGAGGCUCGGACGCCUCUCUGGCUCCGCGUGGUGUCUGCGCCGGCAGGUCCUUACGGCCCUCUCUCAGUCAGAACGGCCCGCCCGCGGUCGCCAACCGCCGCCCCGCGCGAAUGGCCGGAGUAGCUGAGGCGGACCUCGGGCCGGGGGAACCGGGAGCUGCGCUCUCCCGGGACCCCCGGGCUUCCCAAGGGCGGCCGCGUCCUUUGGGCGCGUUUUCCCCCAAUUCACGAUACGCUUUCGUCCCACUACCGCCCCCGCAGGCGUCCUUAGAACCUCACCGAGUUGGUGCCCGCUCCUGUCGCUUAGUGGAGGAUGGUGGCGAAGUCGGGUUUUUCAGCCCCGAGCGCAGGGGCCCCGGUUGGAACAGUGCCCUGAGCCGGUUCUACGGUCGUGCUGCUGCCACGCCAGCUGGGCUCCACCAUCACCUCUUGCAUGGAAAACAGCUGUCACCUUCUCCUCUGGUCUCCUUCAAUGUACUUUCCACAUGGAACUCAAGUGAUCUUUUUGAAAAGGAAACUCCUUCCUCUGCAAAUGGCCCUUCCCGGGAGGGCCCCAGGCUGCUGCCCGCUAGGGAAGGCCACGUUAUCUACCCGCAGCUCCGACCAGGCUACAUCGCCAUUCCUGUCCUCCACGAAGGCGCCGAGAGCCGUCUGCCGCACCCUUUCUUUGCUGCUCCUCAGCCUGGGACCCAGCGAUUCCGAACCGAGGCAGCCGCAGCUCCUCAGAGGUCCCAGUCACCUCUGCAGGGUGUGGCGGAAGCCACUCAGCCAGAUAAACAGUGUGGACAGGCGGGAACAGCUGCGGCAGCCCAGCCCCCAGCCUCCCACAGACCUGAGCGCUCCCAGUCUCCAGCCACCUCGGACUGCUCGUCCUCGUCCUCCUCGGCCAGCCUGCCCUCCGGCAGGAGCAGCCUGGGCAGCCACCAGCUGCCCCGGGGCUACAUCCCGAUCCCGGUGAUACACGAGCAGCACGUGGCCCGGCCUGCAGCGCAGCCCUCCUUCCACCAAGCCCAGAAGACCCACUACCCAGCUCAGCAGGGCGACUACCUCCCCCACCAGCCCGUGUACCACAAGGUCCAGGGGGAUGACGGGGAGCCCCGGCCCCUGCGGGCAGCAUCCCCGUUCCGGUCGCCUGUCCUGGGUGCAUCUAGCCGGGAGAGCUCUCCAGCCAGAAGCAGCACGCCGGUGCACUCCCCGUCGCCCCUGCGUGUGCACACUGUGGUCAACAGGCCUCAGCAGCCCAUGACCCAUCGAGAAUCUUCGUUUACUCCCCAACCUGAAAACAAACCAGAAAGCAAACCAGGCCCAGAUCUCGCUCCGGGACACAUCCCAAUUCAAGUGAUCCGAAAGGAGGUGGAAUCUCAGCCUGUUUCUCAGAAGCCCCCACCUCCUUCUGAGAAGGUGGAAGUAAAGGUUCCUUCUGCUCCGGUUCCUGGCCCCUCUCCCAGCCCUGCCCCUUCUGCUGUCCCCUCAUCCCCCAAGAAUGUGGCUGCAGAAGAGAGGGCAGCCCCCAGCCCUGCCCCAGCAGAAGCCACACCCCAAAAGCCAGGAGAAGCUGAGGCACCCCAAAAACACCCAGGCGUGCUGAAAGUGGAAGCUAUCCUGCAGAAGGUGCAAGGGCUGGAGCAGGCUGUGGACAACUUCGAAGGUAAGAAGACGGACAAAAAGUACCUGAUGAUAGAAGAGUAUUUGACCAAAGAGCUGCUGGCUCUGGAUUCGGUAGAUCCUGAAGGACGAGCUGAUGUCCGUCAGGCCAGGAGAGAUGGAGUCAGGAAGGUUCAGACCAUCCUGGAAAAACUUGAACAGAAAGCAAUAGAUGUCCCGGGUCAAGUCCAGGUUUAUGAACUCCAGCCCAGCUCCCUCGACAGCGAUCAGCCACUGCAGGAGAUCAUGGGCGCCGUGGCAGCAGACAAGAGUAAGAAAAGUGCCGCGAGCGGGGAGGAUCCCAAAACGGAGGCCCAGCAGCCAGAUGCCAAAGCAGCAGCCACUGCAGACGCCAGCAGCACGACAGACACAGCUGGUGACCCAGCAGCGCCACAGCCUCAAUAAAAAGCCGACCCGGAGACAGAACUGAUUGUGUGCGUUAGGAAAUUCUAAGUUGCAUGCAUUUCAGGGACUUUCAGUUGGUUUUUACUAUUCAUAGCCGCUUGGUACGCAGUAAUCAGGGUGAGGCAAAACAGUGAAAGGGUAAAGGAAAAUGCUUUUCUUCAGAAUUCUUAUGCUGUACAAUAAAGAAGUUGCUUGUUUCAAAAGUUUAAUAUCACUUGUUUUGGGGCCCUCUCUGCGUGGGCACCCCAUGUUAGCCAUGGUUGUGAGCUGUCUUCCUGUAGCUCUGGACUGGAGGAGUUUUGGGGGAAUAGGUGGGGAGUCAGUUUCCCAUCACAAAUAUGAAACCCAUUUUUUCAGAAAUGUUGCCAUUUUAAUGGGAGGAUUUUCUUCAUCUCCUAGCUAAAAUACUUAACUCUAGAUAGACUAGUAUGUGUAAGGAGCCAUAGGAAUAUCUGUAUGUUGGAUGACUUUAAUGUUACAUUUUAAAAAAGGAAAAUAAAGUAAUAUUAUGACUCAG